CAUAGCGCCUGACAGAUUGGAGACGGACGGGAGCUAGGGAUUUGGACUGAGUGAGAGAAAGAUUUUGCUAGCUCCUCUGCCAGGAUCUAUGGGAUUUUCUCCCAUUUUAGAGAGAGAUGGACAGGGAGAGAGAUACACAGCGGAAAGCAUGGGUGUGUGUAUUCUUUAGGGUUGACGGGUUACGCACAGAGUCGGUGAGGAGGGCAUGCCUCAGGGACGAAUGGUAGCAUCUGGGUUUUCAUUUUUCUCCCUUGAUUCAAAAGAUCCAGCAAAAGCAUACACAUCAAACCCCUCAUUCACACAACAGCCACCAAAGAGACCAUUACUGAGCUCAACCACCUGCAAGUUUUUGAGAAACAAAGAGCCUCAUCCACAGGAAUCUGUAAUUCAUAGCAGCAGAUCGAAACAAAGUGAAAGCUUUUGACUGUGAAUUUUGCAACUGCUACCUUGCUGCUUUGUUUAGAUCAAGGUGUUAUUGCAACGUUGUGAUCUGCUCUUCUUGCUGCCUUUCAUCUAGGGAUCCGCACCUAUUGCAUCUGAAUCAAGGCUUUGUUUAGAUUGUGCUCACAUUGUUCAAUCAUAAUCUGCUCUUGCUACUGCCUUUAAUCAAGGGGUUCCGAACCAUUACGUUUCAAUCAACCCUUUGGUUUUGUUUUUAUCGUUGGAGUCCUGCACUGUUCUUUCGUGGCAUUCAUUCACAGCUACGCUUUCGUCUCUACAACGAUUAAUGGAGGAGCAAGCAAUUCGUUUUCUGACACCAUACCAGCCAGCAAACAAACUCCACAUCAGGGUAUGCAGAAUAUGGGUCACGAAAAGCAUUGGAGACAAUCCUCAACCUAUAAGUCUUGAUUGCGUCUUCGUUGAUAAGGAUAGAGAUGCGGUUCACGGAACCAUCAACGGUCGAGACAUCCAAUUUUUUUUGGACCGUCUAAGUGUCGGCAAUGCAUAUGAAAUCAACAAAUUUCGUGUCAUUCACAACAAGAGAUCAAGCAAGGUUGUCCCUCAUGCAGCUAUCAUUGAAUUGAAUAGGAAAACCACAAUCGUUCCUAUUCACAAAACAAGUCAAGAACUCCCAAUGCACUGGUUCAAUUUAAUUGAGCUUAAUCAACUUCAUCAGAGAAUCGACAACGAUGUUGAGCUUACAGAUGUGUUUGGUUGCCUAACGGCUGUGCAGCCAACUGAAGAAAUCACUAUCCAGAACACAAGAGUUGCAAAGAAGAUAAAUCUAAACUUGCAAAACAUUAGAGACGAAACAGUGAGAAUAACCUUAUGGGGAGAGACUGCAACAGGUUUUGAGACCAGUGGAAUACAAGAACUUUUGCCACCCGUAUUUUGUGCUUUCACAAGCCUGAAAGUAAAACAAUACCAAGGAAAACCUGUUCUCGGAAGCACAGGAUCAACCGUUUGUGUUUUCAAUCCAGAGAUUCCACAACUCUCUGAAUACAAACACAAGUUUAAGCAUAGCAGAUCACCUCUUCAAAUCCUGCCCACCUCAGCUGAGAUGUAUACGGGCCAUGCAGUCAGUGCUACUACUAAGUCAAAAACAAUUGACGAAUUGCUUUUACUUGAUCCUGCCUUGCACAAGAAUGCAAGUUUCGUAUGCCAAGCAACUAUUGUUGAAUUCGAUUUGACUAAGGGCUGGUGGUACAAAUCAUGCCCGUCUUGCCAUAAAGUUGUCAAGAAAAACUCUGAAUCGUUUGAGUGCAAUGAACAUGGGUUCAUAAACAGAUUACCCGAACCAUGGUUCAAAAUAGAUCUUAUUGUGGAAGAUAGCACAAAUCAGCACAACUUCCUCAUGAUAGGAAGACAUGCCGAAAAAAUACUUCGUGUUUCUUGCCACACUCUGGUGAUAGAAGAUGGACAUGAGGAUCCUUUCAUACUUCCACCAACUCUAAAAAAUUUGGUCGGCACAACAAAACAAUUUCAGCUUUCUUUUGGAAAUCAAAACACUGACUUUGGAAAGACAGACUUCAUAGUUCAUGGACUACUCCAAGAUCAACCGCUUUCGAGCCCAACAAUUGCCUUAGUCAUACCAAAAACACCUACUCCCUCCGUAGGAACACAUAUUAUGACUCAAGCGACCCCCAGCCCAGUGAUGCCUUCUCACCGACCAAAUCAACAACCCCAGUUAGUUGCACCCACAAAGACUUCAAAAAGAGCAUUGUUUCCUAAUGAAGCGGACAAAUCUGACAGCAAAAAACCUCGCAGCGACCAAACAGACACAACCAAUUCUGCUAGAAUUGCUAAAGAAUUCCACAAUCUGGUUGUCCCCAAAAUUGAACCAGCAAACAAAGUGCCGAUAGCCACACUCAAAACAAAAUCUCAAACCAAAAAAACCAAAGAUAGUGCGGAAGAUGUCCACUCUCAGAAAAAGUUAACACCACAAUCUCCGUGAUCGACUGCAGCAGGGCUUUCUACAUCUUUUUGCCUUUCAACAUUUUAGCUUAAGGACUUGACUGCUUCAACAACAACGAAACACUCUUUUUGUUUUUUGGUAACUACUGAAAUAGAUAACCAACCUACAAGACAUAUUUUGCCAUCUUAAAUGUAAUGACAAAAUAUGUGUGGACAACAUGUUACUCCUGUUUCUUAAGGAAACAAACAUCUUGCAUAGUUUUUACUUUGCGCGUUUGUGCUUCAAAACUAUGAUGCUAGAAUAAGAACAAAACAGUUUUUAUAUGUUUUGUCAACUGCUCAAACAUGUGCCUAACUUAAAUGACAUCUAUUUUGCCACCUUUACUACAAGGCCAACAUUUGUGUAAACUACAUGUUACUUCUGCUUAUUAAGGAACCAAAACGUUCAGUUUCGUUCUGUUAA